CGGUUCUGCAAAAUUUGUACGAGUGGGUAUUACUAAUAAAACUGAUGUGUCUCACAUGCAACAAUUGGAAGUUGAGAAGCUUAUUCACUAUCCCGAGUACACUGGUCAGAACUACCAAGACAUAGGCCUUCUCAAGUUGGUUACGGAAAUUCAGAUGAACCCCUAUGCUAGAGCUGCCUGUCUCUACACUGAGAAAAUGAUUCCAAAUGUUCUACCAAUCGCAUCUGGUUGGGGAAUCAUGGAGGAGACAGGAAAUCCUACCAAUAGCCUAAUGAAGGUCACUCUGGAGAUAUUCCCUCAUAAAGAUUGUGACAAAUCGUAUGAGAGGAUCAGAAAUGAAACUUUUUCCGUAUUGAAUAAGGGGAUUGUUGAUGAUUGGAUGAUUUGUGCAGGUUCAACAACGAAGAUAAAGGACACGUGUAGAGGGGAUUCAGGAGGGCCUCUACAAGUAAUUCGCAACGAUACCAAGGAUAUAAAAUGCAUGUACAACAUAAUAGGAGUAACGGCAUUUGGCAAGCCAUGUGGUAUUGCAAGCAAUCAACCAGGAGUCUACACAAGGGUAUCCCAUUAUAUUCAGUGGAUUGAAGAUAAUGUAUGGCCAAAUGAAUAAAUAGUUCAAUCCACCAA